AUGGAGAGCAGCGUGGAGCAGCAUCUCACUCCCUCAAGGCUGGGAUCGGUCCGGGACCUUUGGUUCGAGCACCUCAGCGGUCCUGACUCACUGGUCUUGCCCAGCCAGGACGACAACAAGCGCUGGUUCAUGGGCGGCGAGCUCGAUCGCCUCUGCGUAGAACGCUUUGCGCCCACGCUCGAGGCCAUCCGGCACAGCGGCCUCAAGUCCGGGACCGACCUGAUCAAGACCGCCAAGCCCGGCGAGGCAAGCGACUGGCUCAGCCUCGUCAUCCUGCUGGACCAGAUGCCGCGCAACUGCUACCGGGGCGACGCGGCGGCCGUGGCCUUUGCCGUGUUCGAUCCCAUGGCCCGCGAGGUGGCGCUGGCGGCCAUGGAGCGCGGCAUCCCGGACGAAAACCCGCAGAUGCGAUGGCAGUUUGCGUACCGGCACUGGUUCUACCUGCCGCUCAUGCACUCGGAGGACCUGGCCAUGCACGAAAAGGCGACGCAGGCAUACGAGCGGAUGCGCAGGGAUGCGUACGCACUCGCCGACGCGGACGCGGACGAGGCCAAGAAGCAUCAUCCGUCCCAGCAGGGAGGAGAUGGCCAGGAGCACUACCGGGCCAAGGCAGCCGCGGUGGUGCGGGCCAGCCCCGAGGAGGCGCGGAAGCUGGUGGACUUGUAUCUGGAAUUCGAGAGGAGGCACAUGGCCAUCAUCGAGCGGUUUGGGCGGUACCCGCACCGCAACAAGGCCUUGGGGCGGGUACCGACGGCGGAGGAGACGGAGUAUCUCGAGACGGGAGGGGAGAUGUUUGGGCAGUAG